CUGAGCUGUCAGCUGAAGAAAGUCCAGAAAAAUUAGGAACCUCCCAACUUCAUCAUCGAAAAGUCAUCUCCUUGAACAAGCAGAUUCUGCAGAAGACCAAACAUCUGGAAGAGCUGCAGGCAAGUCAUACCAGCCUACAAGCCAGAUACGAUGAAACAAAGCAAACGCUGACAGAGCUGAAGCAUCACAGUGAGAAGCUGGACAAAGAGCAAGCAGCCCUGGAGAAAAUAGAAUCCAAAGCAGAUCCCAGUAUCCUGCAGAACUUGAGAGCACUUGUAGCCAUGAAUGAAAAUCUGAAAAGUCAGGAACAAGAGUUUAAAGCACAUUGUCGAGAGGAGAUGACACGGCUGCAGCAGGAAAUUGAAAACCUGAAAGCCAAAAGAGUACCAAGCGGAGAGGAGAAGAGCCUGUCUGCUGGAGAGCCACAUGGUGCCCUAACCCCUGGGAUGACUCAUAAUGAAGACCUAGACAGACGGUAUAACAUGGAGAAAGAGAAACUUUACAAGAUCCGUUUACUACAGGCUCGAAGAAAUCGAGAAAUAGCAAUUUUGCAUCGCAAGAUUGAUGAAGUACCCAGCCGAGCUGAGCUAAUACAGUAUCAGAAGAGAUUUAUUGAACUCUACCGCCAGAGUAGGUGCAUUGACCACAAACACUCUCAAGACUGGUCCUGGGAGGCACCGGAGGCGAGGGUUCUGUCCCAUGUGAGCGUGGGAGGGCAUGCAUCAUAGCAUAGUUGGUGAAAGCCACCACCGGAAGGGGCUCCCUGUCAUCAUCAGGCCCCCCCGGCCCUCAUUCCACAUAACCCACUGCUAAGUGACCCUUAACCCCAGGAGCAGCAUUAGGGUGCUCUGCCGCCCUCUCUGUGGACAGACUGAGCUAAUUGAGCUCUUAGCAUGACGUUUCGAACCCGCCUUCUUCCUGGUCAGCCAUUGGGCUCCACUGAGCUCCCCAUCUGCUUUCCAGCCUCCCACGGGACGUGAGCACUCCAUGAUAGAGCGUCUCUGGAUCAGUCCUCACUCAUUGUUCUUCUGGAUGAACUUUCUUGCCCUUGUGAUCCUUGACUUUGACAGCACUGUAUUCACCCAGUAAUCCAGGACUGGUCUCUCUUGGCUGGAAUCAGUGAGCUGGCCUUGUCAGGUUCAGAGUGACCCUCAAAGUUGUCACUGCCUGUCUGUUCCCACUGCCACCCUGAUAGCUGUUCUUACCUGUGUCAGAGCUCAGCUGCACGCUCGUUAGCCGGUCUGUAUACCCUUGUCUGAGUCCCUCAUCCACCACCUGUCAUGUCCCCCCUCUCUCUGCUGUCCAGUCUUCCGGGCCUCCUGAAGAAAAUGUCUCUCCUUAUUAUCUCCAGAACCUCCCCAAUCUAAGUGGCCUGCCUGGAGGCCCCCUUUCCUUCUCUGAGCCCACAUUCUGGCUUUCCCGGUCCACACGGCCCCUCAGUACACCAUGCAUUUUGACACACAGCUUAGGCCACGACUCCUCUCGUUACCUGUGCCUAGAACCCCUUCUCAACUCUGUCAGACCCAACAGAUACAAAACUGAAUUCAGCCUCCCUACCCUAUUUCUCCUCCUGGUCACGGGGAUCACUGUCUAGCACCCCCAGCCCCUUAGUCUUGUCUGGAUCCCGCUGCUCUUCUGGUUCUGUUUCCAAGUAAUGGUCAAGUUCAUUUCUUCUGGACUACUGCUGUAGCCACCUUCUCAUCACUGCCCAGAGUCUGCCCUCUUGUCUGAGAGGUCUUUCCCAAACAGAAAUUUGAUCAUUUUACACUCUUGCUUUAAAAGCUUUAAUAUUUAAUAGCUCUCCAUAAUUAUUGGAGGCUCUUCAGAUCCUAAUUACACUGAUCAGAGUCCUGCAUCAGCCAGGCCAGCUUCCCUUACAGUCCCUCAGUGCCUCACCCCUCUCGUGAGGGCGUCUACAUUUUGGCCUGUGAGUUUGUCCCCAAGUCCAGAAUGCCACUGUCCUACAACUCCCACUUGGCAAACUCCAUCCCUUCUUCCAGAAUCCACCUCAGAUUUUGUCUUGGGCCAUUGGCCUCUUGAACAUCCUUCCUGGUUCAGGCCAGAGCACUGUCCUUACUAGGGUCAGAGUCAUGCUUCCUUUCACGCCUGCCCCCAUCCUGGUGUUGUACACGGCCCUCGAGCUUGAUUCCAGUGGUCAGGGACAAGUAUCAACAGUGGCAGCUUCUCAGCAGAAAAUAGUUUCUGCCCUAAGUUAAAUCUUUUCCCGUAAUUCUGUAUCCCUGCCUACUUUCCAGCUUUUAACAGUAAUAAUAAUCAACAAUACCUUGCAUCUGGAUAUUUCAGAGUAAAAUUUGACACAUGUUUAAGUCCUUUUGAUAGGAUAUUUUUAUACCAAAGAAAUUUUCAAGCAGUUACUCCAAAAUAUCUGUAUCAUUUUCAUUAUUAUUAUUAUUGUCAAAUAUCUACAGCCCCCACCCAGUCCUUGAUCUGAAUAGAGGAAGGGUGACAGGCACAUUCCUGAGCAACAAAGCUAAAGGUUGAUUGGUUUAUUUAUGGCAGUGAUUUUCAACCUUGGCUACACAUUGUAAUCACCCGAUCCUGCCUCCAUAAAAUCUCAAUUGGUCAUGAAAUUUUAAAAGCUCCCCAGGCUAUUUUGUGUUUCAGCCAGGCUUGAAAUCCACUGUUCUAAAGCUCUGAACAAGCGUAGUAUUUUAGGGGCACCUGGGUGGCUCAGUCGUUAAGCAUCUGCCUUCAGCUCAGGUCA